GGCGGGUAGAAGCAUCAACAGGGACAGCUGGCAUUGCCUCCCUCCCCCAUCUCAUGUGGCUGCCGGGGAUUUAGGUCAGAAGACUGCAGUGGGGGAUGGGGAAGUCAGCCUUCACCCCUGCACUAGGCAAAGGCAUCCAGCCCUGCCCCCUCUAGCCUUGGGUCAAGGCAAGUGGCGUUGCCUCGGCAACUCAGUGACGUCAGAGGCCGGGUAAUGAUGUAACGCUACGGCCUCACCGAGGAACACGUUGUCCCUGCGAGUUAUUUGUGGGAACGCGGGCUGGAAUGGGGGGAAUCCUGCUACAGUCUAGUCCCAGAGGCCGCCACCUGCAUGGCCUGGACUCCACAUUUUCCUCUGGCGCCAAGGCCCCUUGAAGAUCUCAGAGGCUGCUACGGUGUGAUCCUUAACGCUGUCCCGUCCUGGGUCCCCAACCCCAGUUCCUCCAAGACACCGGAGUUCCCGGGAAAUUUUCGGAGGACGGAGCCACUACCUUUGUUAGGUUUACGGUCCAGGCUACCCCGCUGCCAGGAGGUGCUCCCAGCUCCAGCCUGGACCCCCCCCCCCCCCGCGAAACUCACCGGAUCAGCCAGGCCGUCGAAGGGCACCAGGUCUCAGCGGCCACGACGCUCCACAGAUAGGGUCCCGGCCAUACAGGUGCGGCAGAAGCUGUUUGAGGAAAGCACGCCCUUGGAGGCCGAUGCUCCUCUCCGGGUGGGAACGGGCGCAGUCGAUGAGCGCGAUCCGGGUUUCAGACCUCGCUGUCCAAAGUCGGGAGAUUUCUCCGCUCAGCAGGGGUCGCGUUCACCCGGGCCGCGGGUCGCGCUGGCGUUCAGGCUGCGCAUCCUCGCCCGAGCCUGUGCUCGCCGUGUCCGGCGGGAGGCGCUGCGCCUCUCCUCUGGGCUCCGCUCAAGGCUGCAGCUCGGCCCGCGCCGCUCCCAGGGCGCCCUCUCCGUCCGCGCUGGGAGCCCGGCGGCCGCGGCCCCUCUCGUCAGCCCCAGCUGCAGUCUGUCUUUGUUGCCUCCUCUCGCCCGCCCGCCCGUGGCUUGCAGCCUUCAGGUUUGCUCGGGGGUGGGGUGUCUUCCUCUCCGGGGAUUGCACGCACCUGCAGCGGGCCCGGCUUCUAGCCGGGCUUGCACCAGCCCCCGCAGGUUGCAAAGAGCAGAGGCGAGAAUGCACCGGCCCCUCCUCCCGCUCGGAGCCCAGGGUGUGGGGGGAGGGGAAGCCGGCGAGCAGCAGCGGCGGCGGCGACGGCGGAGGCUCGGAUGCAGCCCCGGGGGCCUCGGCGCUGAGGAACUGCAGGUCCAGGUGGCGCAGGACGGACGCAGGAAUGGCCCGGGAGACUGUGCACCCGGCGUGUGA